CUGUUUUUGAAGCCAUCAAGUUUAAACCCUCGUUAAAACUCCAAACAAAGAAGCACGCUGUCCUUCCCCUCCAAUUCCCACUCAUCUCUACAGAUUGAUUGAUUAAACAAUGGAUUCCGGCGGAGGCGCUUCGUUGCCAUCUACGUGCCCCUACGCGCGGAAGCGGCGCGUGUCCUACUUCUACCAGCCAACAAUCGGCGACUACUACUACGGCCAGGGCCAUCCGAUGAAGCCCCACCGCAUCCGCAUGGCGCACAAUCUCAUCGUCCACUACUCCCUCCACCGCCGCAUGGAGAUCAGCCUCCCCUUCCCCGCCGCCUCCCUAGACAUCCUGCGCUUCCACUCCCCCGACUACGUCGACUUUCUCUCCUCAGUUUCGCCCCAAACUCUCCUGGAUCACACGCACUCGCGUCAUCUCAAGCGCUUCAAUGUCGGCGAGGACUGCCCCGUCUUCGACGGCUUGUUUAGCUUCUGCCAGGCCUCCGCCGGCGGCUCCAUCGGCGCCGCCGUUAAGCUCAACAGGAAAGAUGCCGAUAUCGCAAUUAAUUGGGCUGGGGGUUUGCACCAUGCGAAGAAGAGCGAGGCUUCGGGGUUUUGCUAUGUUAAUGACAUUGUUUUGGGGAUUCUCGAGCUUCUCAAAGUUCAUAGGCGUGUACUUUACGUAGACAUUGAUAUUCACCACGGAGACGGGGUUGAGGAAGCCUUUUAUGUUACCGACCGUGUUAUGACAGUGUCAUUCCAUAAAUUUGGUGACUUUUUUCCUGGAACUGGGCAUAUUAAAGAUGUUGGAGUGGCCUCUGGAAAGUACUAUGCUAUUAAUGUCCCACUGAAUGAUGGAAUAAACGAUGACAACUUCCUCAGCUUAUUCCGCCCAAUCAUGCGGAAAGUGAUGGAGGUCUACCAGCCGGAUGCGGUUGUGCUACAAUGUGGGGCUGAUUCAUUGUCUGGUGAUCGGUUAGGUUGUUUUAAUUUGUCUGUGAAAGGCCAUGCUGACUGCCUUCGGUUUUUAAGGUCGUUCAAUGUUCCUCUUAUGGUUUUGGGUGGGGGAGGGUAUACAAUCAGAAAUGUUGCCCGGUGCUGGUGCUAUGAGACUGCUGUGGCUGUAGAUGUGGAGCCAGAUAAUAAGUUGCCGUACAAUGAAUAUUAUGAAUACUUUGGCGCGGAUUAUACACUUCAUGUAGAACCAAGUAAUAUGGAUAAUUUGAAUACAGAGAGGGAUUUAGAGAAAAUCAGAAACAUGCUACUCGAUCAACUUUCUAAACUGCAGCAUGCACCAAGCACCCAAUUUCAAACAAUGCCUCCAACCACAGAAGUUCCAGAAGAGAGAGAAGAAGACAUGGAAGUGAGACCCAAACCCCGAAUAUGGAAUGGUGAGCAGGAUUAUGAGUCUGAUGAGGAUGAGAUUGACAAGCCUGCAACGUGAAGUUUGUAUAGCGAAAAUACAUAUGGAGAAAAUACAGAUCGAAGAUCAUACGAGCUCAUCGUGUACUUGUAGUAUUGCAUUACCUGGAUGGCACAUUUUGAGAGUUGGCCGUUACGCACACACACACUCACCCCAUCUCCCACACGGGCGCCCACCCAAAAAAUGACGGCUCCAAGGGACACUUUAUUCCAAUUCUUUAUUUUCUAAUUGGAUAUGUUUUUUGGCAUCAAAAGAAUGACAAUGAACAAACAUAUGAGUUUUGACUGAUGAUUUGUAUCUGUUUGUGAUCAGGGAUGGUUCUGACACAUUUAAGACUGAGGAUACAUCGGAUAGACAAAGAUGUGUGUUUUCAUCAGGAAUGGACCGUGCAAUGGAUAUUUGUUUUAGGUAAAAGAUUCAGCCUGAAAAUAGAUUAUACAGCAGAGCAGAGGAUGUAAAUAAUGAAAGAAAAAAAAAGAGAAGAAGAUGGAUUAAUUAGGUUUUCCCAAGAUUUUGUAUUAUUAGUGCGUGUUUGCUUGCCAUGAUA